AUGGCGCUAUCCGGGUCGGGUUCUUACUACAUCCAACGAGGAAUACCCGGUUCGGGUCCUCCACCUCCUCCUCCUCCAGGGUUUCACGGAUCACAAGGGUUUCACCAUUUCUCCAAUCCCAACUCUCCUUUCGGCUCUAACCCAAACCCAAACCUAAACCAGAACUCAAACCCUGGAGGUGGCGGCGGCUCCGCCGGAUUCGUGCCUCCUCCUUUACCCGUUGAGUCUUCUCCGGCUGAUUCUUCAGCUGCGAAUGCUCCUCCUCCGUCUGGUGAGGCCUCUGUGAAGCGGAAGAGAGGACGGCCUCGAAAAUACGGACAAGAUGGCUCUGUUUCCUUGGCAUUGUCUCCUUCAGUCUCCACCGUUUCCCCGAACUCCAACAAACGUGGCCGCGGAAGACCUCCUGGCUCCGGCAAGAAGCAACGUCUUGCUUCCGUUGGUGAAUUGAUGCCUUCAUCGUCGGGAAUGAGCUUCACGCCGCACGUAAUCGUAGUGUCCGUUGGUGAAGACAUCGCAUCAAAGGUGAUAUCUUUCUCGCAGCAAGGUCCAAGAGCGAUUUGUGUCUUGUCCGCUAGUGGUGCAGUGUCUACUGCAACUCUUCUUCAUCCAUCACCCUCCCAUGGAACGAUCACAUACGAGGGUCGUUUCGAGCUGAUAUCUCUCUCAACUUCUUAUCUCAACACAAGUGACAAUGACUACCCUAACCGCACUGGGAAUCUAUCAGUCUCACUAGCUAGUCCUGAUGGUCGUGUCAUUGGUGGUGGAAUUGGAGGUCCUCUCAUAGCUGCAAGCCCUGUUCAGGUUAUCGUUGGGAGCUUCAUUUGGGCGAUUCCUAAAGCGAAGGCUAAGAAACCAGAAGAUGCUUCUGAAGAUGUCCAAGACACUGAUGCUUUAGACAACAACGACAACAACACAGCAGCAGCAUCUCCUCCUGUUCAGACUCAGCAGCAAAGUCAGAACCUUGUUCAGGCUCCCGUAGGCAUUUGGUCAUCCGGUUCAAGAUCAAUGGACAUGCAUCAUGCUCAUAUGGACAUUGAUCUUAUGCGCGGAUGA